AUGGUAGAUGAUCUGAUUAUUUUCCAGGUGCAGCUGCAGAACUCUCUGAUUGGAGGAGACUCGUACCAGCUGGUGUCUCUUCUUCAGUCUGAAGGUCUGAGCAGCUCCAGCCUCAACACUCUCGACCAAUGGGUUACCAAGGAUCUGUGUGGGCGUGGCUUCAGCAGAGUCGUGGUCGUGCUGAAGUCGUUACGGAUCCUGUCAGAGAACAGAGGCGACGCUCAGACGCUCCUGGAUUAUGGACUGACUACAAAAGUGUUGCUGUGGUUCGAGGCUGUCCGUGACUUACUGACCUCUGACCUCCAUAAAAGCUCCGCCCCCCUACUGAGCCUGACUGAGGAGUUCUUCGACUACUUCCUGGUCCUGUCUCAGGCGUCUCUCCCAGUCAGUCAGCUGUCUGUGGUUCUUCUUCAGUUGGCUCAGUUCACCCUGGAACCAGAAAUCCACUUUCCCCUGAGACUGGAGGCCAUCAGAACCUUUAACAGCAUCCUGGAGUCUCUGAGCCGAGAGCAGCGGAAACUGAUCCAGAACGAGCAGAACCAGAACAAGAUACUGGAGCAGGUGGCAGCAGCUGUCCUCACAGUCGGUGACUACGAGCUGCAGGUCAGCCUAUCAGAGGCCCUGUGUCGUCUGACGCCCAAGAAGGAUCGGCAGCAGAGAGCCAAUCAGUGGUUCUGCAGUAGUGACAUCAGCGGCGCCUUUUGUGACAUCAUAGACCGAGACUUUGAGGUGGACUGCAGACGCUUCCUGAAUUUUGUGAACCGUUACCAUGGCGACCAGAGGAGAAUCUACACCUUCCCUUGUGUCCGGGCGUUUCUUGAUUCCACUGAGCUGUUUCCACCAAAAGACGACAAACUGGACGAGUUCUGGAUAGAUUUCAACGUCGGUUCAGGAUGUGUGAGCUUCUUCGUCAACGAGCCUCAGGGUUUCCUGUGGGGCUCCAUCCACCUGCUCAGAGAGGAUGUUGAUAACUGCAUUCUUCAAGUCAAACAAGACGGAUGCACUGGGGCGGAGACGGUCCUCAGUGUUCAGCUGAUCAAUCCCAUCAUGCAUCACAGCAGCCGAGGUCAGAAGGUGGAGCUUAGCUUCAACUGCGAACAUCUGAGAGAACUGGAGGAGGCUGCGGAGAGAGUCUUCAAGAGCGCCCCCUGUGGUUCAGAGCCAAUCAAGGCUCCGCCCCCUGCAAAGAGACACGAGGGUCGAUCGUACAACAGGAAGAAACCACAGAGCAAGAGUCAGCUGAAGAUUCUGCCUCUGUCGUCUCCCAGCAGCGACGAUGACUCCUCAGUGAUGAAGACUCCAGGAAUAAGUCAAGCCGAGUUUCUGUUUGAUCAGAUGAGACACUGGACUCCGAAGUACGACUCAGGUGCUCCUGUCCGUGCAGAACCACAGAUCUCACAGCAACAGGAGUUUGCAGGAAGUAGUUCUCCAUUACAAAAGGAAGUCUUCAGCAGAGAGAGGAAGCGAGUCGCUGCAGACUCAGGUUACCUGUCAGACCAAACUGAGGGCACGAUGGCCAAUAAGAGGAGGGUGGAGCCUCAGACAGAAGGGGUGGAGCCUCAUUCAUCAGUGACAGCAUGUUCACCGGAGGAGGCGGAGCCUCCCACAGAAGAGGAGGGGUUAUUUGAAGAACGGGCGGGGUCUAACGACAAGAGGGAGGCGCCCUUAAACACACCGGGGCCGGAGUCAGAACUGACGUCUGACAUCACGGCUGCUUUCAGAAGCUUCAAAGAACGACUGGAGCACAACUUCACCGGCGGCUGGACGACCAUCCAGAACCAGGUUCUCCUGUCGCUGAGAGAGAGUCAACAACAGGUGUCCUCACUGCUGACAGCUGUCCAUCAACACAGGUUGUUGCUGUUGCAGAAGUUUGAAAACGACGUCACUGAUCAACUAAAACAACUGGAAGAAAACUCAACAACUGUGAACAACAUGAACACACAGAUACUGAGUUUUUUCCAGACUGAGAUGCAGCGACUCGGCUCCUUCUGUGACGAACAUCAGCAGCGGUUGAAAUGUUUGGUGAACGGAGAAUCAGAAAAUCCUUCCAUUCAGUGAAGGAGAGAAGACGUCGUCCUAUCAGAACUCCUCAGAUCUGGUUUCAGUCGUCUGUUGGGAAUGAAAAUCCAGAUCAAUCAUCGUUGUUUUCCC